AGGGAGUUCCAGGAUUUUGACCUAGUGCCAUUUAGAAAUGGCUAUAUAGGAUGAUGUCUGACUUGGAGGGGAACUUGCAGGUUUCCAUGCACCAGUCCUUUGAGGUAGUAGAGGUGAUGGGUUUGGAAAAUACCGCCGAAGGAACCUAUUUUGAUGAAGAUGUGGAGGAGAGUGGAAGUGGUGCAGAGGGUGGUCAAGGUAGAAGAAAAAGAUUGUUUUCUAAGGAAUUAAGAUGUAUGAUGUAUGGUUUUGGGGAUGACCAGAAUCCUUAUACUGAAUCAGUGGAUAUCUUGGAGGAUCUCGUCAUAGAAUUUAUCACUGAGAUGACUCACAAGGCCAUGUCUAUAGGACGUCCGGGCCGGGUUCAAGUAGAAGAUAUUGUCUUCCUUAUUCGUAAAGAUCCUCGGAAGUUUGCAAGAGUGAAAGACCUAUUGACAAUGAAUGAAGAAUUGAAACGUGCCAGGAAGGCUUUUGAUGAAGCUAAUUAUGGCUCCUAGUUCUCAGAAGGAAGCUUGUCAUGGAACAAAUGGUAACUCGGCAUUGUCCGUCUUUGAAACAUGUAUUUGAGGCAGAGUGUUUGAUUCCUGGCCAGACUACAGACAUAAUAUGGACUGUCGCAGUAGAGUUUGGCUCUGGCCUGAGAAAUCUGAUGACUUGUCUACUCUUUUACUUCAUCAAUGUAAAUAAUGCUGGCUAAACAAUUGAAUGGAACUUUUUUAAUGGUUGUCUUUAAAAGAUUUUUGUAUUUCAUAAUUAGUGCGUGAACAGUCUAUGUAACUUGGCCAGUUCUGUAAUAAAUAUGAAAAAUGACUGUUCAAAAAAA